AUGGCUUCCCCUGUAUUCACUGUAGCUGCUGGCCUUGGCCUCGACAUGUCCGCUGCCGACGCUAUGGAGCUGCAAUCCGAUGACGGCGGAAUCGACUUCAUAGACGGCGACAUAGAGUUGGACUUUGAGCCCGAGACUUCCCUUGCACAAGAUGACGAUGUAUCCCUUGACGAUGCUGCUUCAGCAACCGGGGAGAUGCAAGAUGAACAUACUGAAAAUGACGACUACAUGGUCGAUCAAGAAGAUCUAAUCGAAGAAGAUGAGAUAAACCCAGAUGAUGACGGUGGUGUAGACAUCGAUCUACCCGCUGUGGACGAUGCCAUAACUGAGGCUGCAACCCAACCGACUACUACCAACGGCGAUGAAGACGACGAGUUGCUCGACUACACCGAAGACGAAGAGUACCACAAUCCCGCGAAUCGUUCACCGUGGUUCAAGAACAAGCAAUGGGAGCAUAUUAAAGAUGAAGAAGCUGAUGUACCCGUCGAACAGCAGAACGAGACAACCGUAUGGCAACAGCAAGAAGACAUGAUACAGGCUCAAGACUCCACUGAACAGCAUCCGACCGAACAGCAAGACGAGACGCCCGCGUUCCAACCACAUGACUGGACUCAAGCUCAGAAUGACCAGACUCAGGAUGCCAUCGAACAGCAAGAUGAGACUGCGUUCCAAGAAGAUGACUGGACCGAAGCUCAGAAUGACCAGGCUCAGGAUAUCACUGAACAGCAAGAAGAAACGUCAGCUGAGUGGCAACAGGAGUCCACCGAGCAGCAAGAGGAAACAUCGGCUGAGUGGCAACAGGAGUCCACCGAACAGCAAGAGCAAACGCCGGCUGAGUGGCAACAAGAGUGGACGCAAGCCUACGAUGAGCAAACUGAGGACGUGGCUGGACAACAAGAGGACGUAUCCUCUGAGUGGCAACAAGGAGACUGGACGCAAGGUCAAGAUGAGCAAGCCGAAGACCCAGACCAACAGCAAGACGAAAUACCCGCUGACCUGCAAGCCAUGAUGUCUCAGUCCUCAAACAAGAAGUCACAGAGCCCACAACCACACAGUCAGAACGUAGAAGAUCACGGUUCGAAUGAACAACAAGCUGAUCAGCAUGAGCAUGAAGAUGAAGAUGGAUAUCGGCCGCAGUCGGUCAAUCAGAACGAAGACAAUCAGAGCAGUGGUGAUUAUGAUGGUGUCUCGUUGCAAGGUCAGAAAGAAUUUGCAGAUGGAGAGACUGCUCACGAAGAACCAGCGCAGAGCUAUCAUCAUGAUGAGUCUGCUGAACACAACGAGUCUCAAGACCAAGAGCCAUUCGCGAUGCCGUCCGUAACUAUCAAUUACGAAGACAACGAACUAUGGCUCUUCAAGCAACAUGAUUUCGACAACAGUGGAGAUUGGCUCAUUGAAGACGUUUCGCUCGCCAAGGCAAGCAUGUCUGAUCUCAUGCGCGCAUGCCGCUACUCUAUUGGCGAUGACGUGUCAAACGAGAUGGAGAUUGGAUUUCGGUUCGAUCACUUCUUGAACAUGGAGCUUUACGAAGACAACACGGCGUGCGUUGCAGUGUCACUUGAGCGUCUUGUGAACUACUACCACACGCUGUAUGCAAAUGACGGCAACAACGAGCCAGAAUCCUUCUACAUCACACUCCUGUUCCGUCCCCGUUUUGCGACCUUGCUCUCGGAUAUCGCCAAAUUCGCGGAUCAGGGUCUAGGUUAUUCUGCUUUUGAUGCCGCGGUAGCUGCAGGCGAGACGCAUUUCAGUGCUGGUGUUGCGGGUACUUCGAGUACCGAACCUACAGAGUGGGACAAAGAAGAUGAAGAGAAAGGAGAUGGCGAAGAGCAGGAGCAUGUGCAGAGUGAAGUCCAAUCAGAUGCGCAUCAUGAUGAGCGUGACCAGGGUGAAGGAGACGACACGCAAGAAACUUAUGGGGAUGAUGCUGCUGAGGUUUACGAGACAGAAGAGGUCCCCACUAACGUUGCGUCUCAUGACGAGCAUGGAUCACACCAUGAAGAAGAGCACGAACCGGAGAUUACUAUCUCUACUGACAUGCCCACAAACCCAAGCGAGACAGCAGCUCAGCCUGAGCGAGAGAGGUCGCGGUCAGCUGCACCGACUGAAGCCGAGUUGGAAGCCCGUCGUUUGAAGGAUGAGGCUGAUCUCAUCGACUACAGCGAUGAAGAGGAUGAGGAACCUGCACCUGUCAAGGGAGUGGAACAGGCGCCUGCUACCCAGCUGACGCCGUCGUCUACAACUGUACGAGGUGAUGAGUCUGGCAAUGCACAUGGACAAGAAUCUGCCGCAGAGUCACCUCGACUCAAUGAGCAGACUAGUCAAGACCAGGAUAAGAUCGAUUUUGACACUGCAGACGAGCCGCCUGCGGAGACCCAACAGAGUGAGCCAGAAGGCGAGAAUGUCGACGAGCUCUCGUACGAGGACUUUGUAAAGGCUUUCGAAGCAGACGACUCUGACCCGGAAUUCGACGUCGAAGAGGCCGGUAAUGACGGCGCAGACGUAGAGUAUGACGGCGAUGCUAACCAAGCCGACGCCGACUACGACCAGUAUCAGGACCCGGACCAAGAAGCUGAGCAAGGCUUGAUGAACGGAGACGGAUCCGUACUUGAGUUCGACUAUUCUGGUAAUACCACAGUAGACAACAAUGAUUUCACCAACACGGACGACUUCUUAGAUUUAGACAAUGGCGCCGAAUGGGCGGCCUACGACGAGUCAGGCCAAGGCAAUGCAGAACUUGCGACGAUUGGACAAGACGACGCUGGUACCGUAGACGAAGAGGACGGUGUGGCUGGCAAGACUGAGAGCGCAUCGGCUGCAGAGCCUCAGACGGCCUCGUCUGUCGACGCCAACGAAGUGUCCCCGCAGGGACAAAAGCGGACUAUCGACGAGGCUGGGCAUGGAGCGGAUGCCGCGACCAACGCUACAGGUGGGCCCACUUGCUUUACGUCAAGCGCCCUAGGGUGUGAAGAUGCGACCACCAUACAGCCCGCGUUGCCCGACGACGAAGUUGUGGAGGACCAUGUCUAUCACAGGUAA